AUGGAUAUACCUACUACACCUACAAGGAAAAUCAAAUCAAAUCAUUCCAGUAAUCGGUCCCAAGUGCGUUUCUCGUUACCAGAACCCAUUGCUACUACCAUUUCCAAUGGCAAUGCUAGUUGUGAUGAGGACGAAGAUGAUGAUGAAAUUGCCAAUAUUGAAUUAAUGUACUCUGACAUAAAUGACUCCCCAACUAAAAUAGUUUACCCAAAAGAUGAUAUAAAAGAUGAUGUUUCAAAUAGUCAGUUCAUGGAUAUGCACUCAAAACUAAUGAUCGAUGUACCUGAAGAGGUUUGGAACUUUCAUAAUACCAGAAAAUUAUCAAAUAAUAAACAAGAAUAUCAAAAAAAACAAUCACAAAAUAGACAUCAAAGAACUAAAUCUUUACAAGAAAUUAUUAGCUCAACAAUCGACUCUUUCCAAGAAGAGCAAAAUUAUAAUAAUUCAAAAUCAAACAAUGAUGAAAAUGAUUCAAGCCUCAUAAGUUUGGUCACUCCAUUAAACAUACAUAAACGAAGUCUUUCAUUGCAACCUCCAGAAUUAUAUCUAACACCAGAAUCACCACUAAAUAAACAUAAAUUGCCAAUACCGUUGAAAAUAUCUGUACCACCAUUUCUGUCCCCAGAAAACAAGAAUAAAAAGCUUCCAAAUUUAAUAUAUGAUGGUAACGGUUAUAGUCCAUUCAAGAAGGCUGACAGUUCAAUAAGUUCAGAUUCUUUUACCAACUCUAUUAUAGACUCAGAAUUAGAAUCAAUAGUCAGUUCAAUUCCGUCAGCCGACAAUCCUGUAACUUAUAAUUUAUCUUUUGAAGAUUCAGAGACAGCAAAUUUGAACUUAGGAUUUGAUAAUGAUGGUAAUGUCAAUCUAAAAUUACAAAACAGAAAUAUAAGGACAAGAAAAGCUGCAUCAAGUUCACCACAAAAUAAGAAGAGCGAAAUUAUAAUUCCGGAAAUUCAGAAGGAUCUGAGAUCAAAUAAUAUAACUGCUUCUACGAUACCAAAUUUGGAGACAUCUUCUCCGAGAUCACCCUUUAACAUUUCUAAAUCAAUUACACAAGAUACCCCAUUUUAUUCUACACCAACAAAAUCAUAUAAUAAUAUCAACCCAGUUGCAACAGCCCAAAACAAUAAUUCUCCAAUGAAACAAUAUUCAUCAUCUAAAUCCGCACCAGAAAGGUUAUUAGAACAGUCAAUGAAAAGAAAUUCUCUACAGAUUCUGUCGACACCAUCAAAACAAAUUUAUAUUCCUGAUUUAGAAAAGGAAAAAACUCCUUGGAGUGAAAAUGGUACUUAUAAGUUUUUCCAACGAAUGGAAGCAAGGUCGCCAGAUAUUUCAAAGGAUAUCAAUCAAGCGGUUAAAAAUGCAGGGGAAUUGGCUUUAGAUUUCAAAUUUCCAGCUAAUAAUGAUAAAUUGAACCACCAAACGAAUAAUAUUAAUACAUCAAAACAGGUGGUCAAUGAUGAUAAAGAUUUUAUGAAAAUUGAUAACUCUGCAGCAUCUAAUGCCAUAGAAAGAAGAAGGAAUAUGCUAAUAAAAAACCAAUUGACCCCUGGAACUGCCUCAAAGGGACAUGCUCAUAGGAGAAGCAGAAGUAUACAUAGAUUAGAGGAAAUGAUCGCCGAUAUUUCUGGUGAAGAAUUUUCAACAUCUAUAUUACCUGCAAGUAAAGAUUCUACUCCUGAACUCCAUAUACCUGAAAGAUCUCCUGAUAGAUUAAAAACAGCCAAAGUACAAGAAAAGAAUAUUACCAAUGAAACAACGGAAAAUAACUCCCCUCCAAUAGAUGAUAGUAUAACUAUAGAUGAUAACUCUUUGAAAAUAUACGAUGAAUCUUCACAGUUAAAUAUUGAAAAUAAAUAUUUGGCUAAAGAUAUCGGUAGAAAUAACAAAGUAAAUAUGGGAAUGUUCAACCCAUAUAAAAAUUCCUCUUUGUCUGAGGAGAACAUUAAUAUUCCUAAAGCAAACAUAUCACAAAAUUAUGAUUAUACUAUAGAAUCAAUAGCAACUGAACCGGAAGAAUCCUUAGUGAUUUUAUCUGAAAAUAUUUAUCAUUCUAGAGAAAUUGAUGCUAGCAAUAAGAGUGGCUAUACCGAUUCAAGUCUGGAUAACAUUACUAAUUAUACAUUCCAAGAAUUGACACCCAUUCGUCACAAUGUUCCAUCAGACCUUAGAAAUAAUUUGGAAUCAAAGUCUCAUGAAACUACUAGAUUGCCAAUAAAGUCAGAGAUGAAAACCAAUAAUAGCAAUGAUCCUAUAUUAUCAAUGAAUUAUAUUAAUGAUAAUAUCAAUGUGUUCAAUAAUGGCAAUGCUAAUAACGCUAAUAACGCUAAUAAUGCUAAUAAUGGCGACAAUAGCGUUAAACCUUUAUCAUCAUUUAAUUCUUUCAAUGUUUCAGUGCUAUCAGAUAAUAUGUCACAGGAAAUGGCUUCAAAUCAUAUCUCGAAUAAUAUAAAUGAUAUUACAACUAUCAAUUUCAAGAAUGAUGAGUUAUUAAAUGUUCCACCACAAAGGACAUUUUCAUUCUCCGGGAGCCAUUCUUCUGACAAUUCACAAUUUUCAAAAAAUACAUAUCAGAGUAGUGUCAGUUCUUAUAAAAUUGAUAAUAUAUUAGCAAACGCACCCUCACAAGAAGUAGAGGUUGCCAAGAAACCCGAAUUCCCACAAUUCAGAGAAUCACCAAUGCGUAAAAAUAGAAAAUUCAAGAAAAUUAAUAAUGGCAAUAAACCGGAAAAAUUUAAUACCGUUUUUGAAUAUAGAGAAGGAAAAAUAGUAGAGGUAAUCGUUCUCGAUAAUGAUAAAGAUGCAUUGAAAGCUCCUCUAGAUUCUACAAAUUUACAAAAUGGAAGAAAGGUUAAGAAAUUGCUACAGACAAAUUCUCUAAAAAUUCCAUCCAAUGCUAAGGACAAGGAAUUUCAUUCAAGAAGGCAUAUUAGAUCUAAAUCUUGCCCGAUCGAUGUUUUAAACUAUCAGAAAAUUUUAGAUAUGUGUGAAGAUACUGCCACUAUUGCAAAGGAUAUAGUAUAUGAGCUAGGAAACGGAAAAACAAAACAUAUCAAGAGAAACUCGAACAUUAUCUUAAGAAGAAAACAACCAAUGAUUGAUUCUUCUGUCUAUGAUUCAGUUAAAAUUAAACCACAACUACCUGCAUUCCCUGUCCAAUGA